CAUUAAGAAAAGUCUUUUGGAGAGAAGUGGCUCUUUUGGGAUGCCUGAAAACAGUCUCUCUGAAUAUCACUGGUAUAUUUGGACUAUUCCUGCUCGUGCGCAGCAUCGCACUUCCAUUACAUUCGAUUAUACUCGCAUUUACCAUUGCCAUCUCGAUGAUCAGUUGACCGUGAAGGUGUUCAUGGGUAAGCCUAUGCAGUCCAUGAAACUAAACUAUACCAGCACUCAAACCACUCGUGCUUUGGUCGCCAACGAAGAGGAAGUGCGUGUAGAGCUGUAUGCUUACUCGCCCUGUGGCGGUACCUUCACCUUCACUGGGGCAUAUACAGUGGAGCCAUUCGAGUUAAGGACACAAACGACAAUCGCUUCAAUUACAAAAGGUGCAAGGCUUAACUGGUGCGCCAACGGUGGCGGCCUUGCUUCUUUAGAAACCGUGGUCGAUAAUGAUGUGAAGUGCAUCUGCCCACCGGGCUUUGGAGGUGAUCGCUGCGAGAAAGCAUGUGGAUCGAACCGAUAUGGAAAGAGCUGCGAACAAAAGUGUUCAGACGAGCCCGCUGGCUGCUGGGGCGUGAAGUUUUGUAGUGCUGAAUUUUGCACCUGCGCAACAGGACUGGCUGGGGAAUAUUGCAGAAAUCCUUGCAAGGAAGGUUUCUACGGUGCGAACUGUACAGAACGUUGCGGGCAUUGUCGUGAGGGCGGCUCUUGCGACAUAUACAGCGGUCAUUGUCCCAAUGGAUGCUUGUCUGGAUAUAUACCUCCAACAUGCCAAAACGCGCUUCCGCAUGUCCUGGAACCACUAACGGUGAUUGCUGUUGACCCCACCAAAAUAGUUGGGGAAUUUCGAGUCCCCGUGAGCGUUGCUGAUCCUAGUCUUCGUAUGAGAUAUUAUGAAAUACUGUGUCAGGACGACGAAUACGGGAGUUUCCAAGACGAUGCCCGCACCGCACAGGUUUAUGACAUGUACAGCAAUUCUACUUACCUUGAGUCAUUUGUCGCCACUGGUCUACCUCCAGGAGAGGAACUUUACUUGAGUGUACUACUACUCAAUGAAGAUCUCGAAGCAUACAGGAGCGUACCACACUCGUACGUGCGCACCCCGGUGCUUGGUCGGCUGUCAAAUCUGAAAGUGACGAGUGUGACAUCUCGCAGCAUCCAAAUAACAUGGAAUGCAGCUCAAUUCAAACACGGCGAAUUUUUUUACGUUGUAACUGAGUGCUUGUCAGUGGCUGGGUGCUCCGGUCCGUGCUCUCAGCCUUCCACCACUCAGGCAGUCGCCACGAUGAGCGCGCUCCUAGAUCGACUAGUCCCUGGAGCAAAGUACCGCAUCACGGUCUGGUCCGGUGCUGAGGAACUAAACGUCGUUGUGAACACUGCCCUCGAAGUGCCGCAAGGAAAAGUGUCUUCCCUUCGCUUUGCUGCCCGGACCAACAGCUCAGCUCUCUUUACGUGGGAACCAGAUACACAGUGUGAAAUGACUCAUGGGCCUAUCUCGCACUACGGUUACUGCUUUGAGAGCACAGGAAGCAAGGAAAGUGGCUGCGAUGCAUCACGGGCGACAAACACGUCCCGUACCACUGUUGCGAUCAUGGAGCUACAGCCAUUGACAGACUACAAGUUCAGUGUGAUCCAGUACAACCCAGCCGGCAGCAAUGCCGGAAUUGCUGUCGCCGCCAUCAACUUCACGACACACCACACUGUGCCUGACCCUCCGCGCGAGCUGGACGUGUACCGCCUGAACCGCACGGCGCUGUGGCUGCGCUGGCUGCCCCCCGGCCGUCCCAGUGGGGCGCUCCGCUGGUACACCGUGGAGGUGGCGCCCGUCGUCACUCCAGGCAGCGCAAAGCCCAAGCACCGCUCGGAGCGCGUGGCUGCAGGGACGCGCUGCCCCGCGUGGCCAGACCACGUGUGCUACAUCGUGGGCCGGCUGCGUCCACGCGUCACAUACCUCAUCACGGUCAGCGCCACCAACGAGCACGGCGACCUCCCCGGCGAGCAUGCCACUGUGCAGGCCACGACCGACAAGAAGGUGUCCGAGCCACCACAGGACCUGCAGGCAGUUGAUAUUACUGAACGUACUGCGCUCAUCCGCUGGAAGCUGCCAUCUAAAUUGAACUCCGACCUGACAUACUUCGAGGUGGCGGUGGCACGCCGCCUCUUCUCAGACGAAGAGGAGGUUGGCGAGGACUCGGAGGAUCCAGAUCCACGGCGCGUUCCGGCGACAGCCGAGCUGCCUCAAUACGAGUACCCGCUGGACGGGCUGCAGCCAGGAGCUACGUACACCGCCACAGUCAGCUGUGGUUACGGUGGAAAGACUUCCAUCGUCGACUUUACGACAAGACUUUCGGACGAAGAACAGUUCUUAGAUAAUCCAGAAGAAGGAAAAGAAAAGAUGUAGACGAAGGCCCCAGAAUUGACGUGGAUUCAAUUACUUUUUGUAUAUGAUCGUACUGGUUCAACUUCACUUGCAAUAAAGCAAUAAAGCGGAUGAUUAUCGAAAAAUAA